AUGAAGAUUAAAGGGGGUUCUACUGUAGAUGCUGCCAUUGCUACCCUGCUGUGUGUUGGUUUGGCCAAUUCUAUGAGUACUGGCAUCGGUGGAGGCCAUUUUAUGACCAUUUACAAAAGAACCAGCAAGAAAGUCUACACUAUCAAUGCUAGGGAGAUGGCACCGUCCGCUGCCACUCAGGAGAUGUUUAAGACCAAAUCUUCAGAGAAAGGAGGAUUAGCUAUAGCUGUACCUGGACAGCUGAUGGGGAUGUGGCAAGCAUACAAAAUAGGUGGUAAACUUCCAUGGAAAGAUCUUUUCAAACCCGCUAUAAGUUUAUGCAAAAAUGGAAUUCCAGUCAGCUCCACAUUGAUGUCUGCCAUGCAUAGUGAACUCCGAAAAAAUCCACCGGCAAAUUUAAGAAAGCUGUUCACAAAUCCAGACACUAAAACAUAUUACAAAGCUGGUGAAAAGAUGAAGCGACCAGAGCUAGCUCGAACUCUUGAAGCAGUUGCCAAUGAAGGAGUGAAAGCGUUUUACAAUGGUUCUUUGACAGAUGUUAUAUCUAAAGAAAUCAAAGAUGCUGGAGGAAUCAUUACCUCUGAUGAUUUAAGGAACUAUGUUGCGACUGUUGAUGAUCCUGUUUCUAUUAAGUUGUAUGAUGGUAUUACCGUAUAUUCACCACCACCACCGUCUACUGGAGCAGUAUUUCAAUAUGUACUCAAUAUACUUAACGGAUAUAAAAUGGUCCCAUCUGAUUUUGAAACAAAAACUCAAACAUUAACAGAACAUCGAAUUAUUGAAGCAUUCAAAUUCGCCUUUGCUAGGAGAUCAACUCUAGGCGAUCCAGAAGUUGGAACAGCAGAAUUCAAACAUAAUAUCUCACAGAUUGUUUCUGAUCUUACCAACCUAAACUACGGUGAAACUACAAGAUAUAAAAUAAACGAUAAUAAAACAUUCAAAUAUAAACACUACCAUCCAGCUUUUAGCUUAACAGAAACACAUGGUACUACACAUCUAUCUCUCCUGGGACCUAAUGGUGAUGCUGUUGCUAUUACUAGUACAGUCAAUCUUUAUUUUGGAUCCGACGUCGUGGGAGAAAAUACAGGAAUUAUAUAUAAUGACGAAAUGGACGACUUUUCUACUCCAAACACCACCAACUAUUUUGGUGUACCUGCAUCUCCAGCAAACUUUAUCAAACCUAUGAAACGUCCGCUAUCUUCGAUGACUCCAAGUAUCGCUGUUGCCCCAAGUGGUGAUGUUGUAAUGGUGGUAGGAGCUUCAGGUGGAACAAAAAUCACCACUGCUGUAGCCAGAGUGGUUAUGGAGAGUUUAUGGUUUAAGUGGGGAAUAAAGAAAUCUAUUGAUUAUCCAAGACUUCACGAUCAGCUGGUUCCGGAAGUUUGUGAGGCUGAAAGAGGAUACCCUGCGGUUGUAUUUGAUGGAUUAAAAGGAAUUGGACAUAAUAUGACGUGGGUUGGUGGAGGCUCUGUUGUUCAGGGUAUAUUACAGUUGAAACCUGGUGAUAUUACUGCUAAUAGUGAUUAUAGAAAGGGCGGGAAACCAGCUGGAUAUUAG